AUGUCAGCCGACCCGAGCUUCCUCACGCGUUUCAUGCCCAUCCCAGAGACCUCGCCACCCCAAGUCUCCCUCGACUUCCAAGUGCUGCGAGUAGUCCUGUACGCACUCAGCGGAAUCAUCCUCUGGGAUUUUGUCUGCACGCUACAGUACGAGUGGAGAGUCUUGCGCGGGAAAGUCCCGCGCUCUUGGCCGCUAGGAGUGUACUUUGCAGCUAGAUACGCGUCGGUGCUCUUUGUGGGCGGGGUGCUACCACAAGCGGGAUCGCUCGUGAGGGUCAAUUGUGGAGCGGUAUGGGUGGUCGUCUCCCUUGCAGUGACACUUCAAAAAUCUGUCGGUCAAGCGUUAUUCAUGCUUCGAGCUUGUGCGAUCUGGAAUUGGAACCGCGUCAUUCUGCUCGGCUUGCUUCUGAUCUGGCUCGGUAAUGCAGCGCUAGCUCUGACCAACAUCGGCUCUCUCACCUUCACCUGGACGCCAGAUUCCGUCCUCGAUGGCUACGGCUACUGCACGAUGACCUCCCUGGCCUGGUCUGUCGGAGCAGUGCACUCAUGCUCCCUUCUGACGGACUUCAUCAUAAUUGCUCUGUCGACUUAUCGUCUAGCAAACAUGCGUCGAGCAGCCCGAUGUGGAUUUUGGCUGGUUCUCCUCAAUGACGGCAUCUCCUGGUCCCUCUUCACCCUUCCACCCACCAUGGGAGCUGUGUUUACCUUCUAUCUUGGCAAGACAACACCAGCACAAGGCAUCGCUCUCGUCAUCUCUUCAACCAUGCACGCCAUCAUCGCUUGUCGCGCUUACAGGAAUCUAUCCGACUUUGCUGAUACGCUACCUCUGUCCUUCUGCGCGAGAGACAAGGUACGAAAUGGGACAAUGCUCGAUCAGGAGACGCUGGCUCGACUGGCAUGGUUAAAAGGUAGUGCGGGUGCUGAAAAAGAAGUACCGAGCCGCGAGGGAGCAAAUGUCGACCCAGCUACUGUAGACAAGCUGCACCACCCCAAUCGACCUGCUGACUACCCUUUCACGAGCUUCUCCAGCGGACAGAGCACCGAGAAGGUCUCACCUGGAAGCAGACAUUAUCGACAGAGCAGUCUGCCGUCACGAGCAGUGCGUGAGCGCCCUCCUGCUUACAGGAGUCGGAUCGUGUCCACCUGCCCCGACAGGCAGCACCAGUCGUCCUUCCAAUCGUCCUCUUCCUCAUGCUCAUCGGAGAAGAAUCGACGGAAUCAUCGCCGUACAGUGAGCUCCUUGGACAUGCUCAGUGCACAAGUCGAGCCUGCUGCAACCCAGACGGUGCACGGCAUCUUUGGAAGGACUUCCUCCAUUCUCUCACCUGGCGCUCGAGAACCCAUCAACGUCCACAUCACUACUCAGAUGCAGAGCGUGGGAGACACUAUUGAUGCUAGCAGCAGCGGUCUGCAUUCCAAUUCAGAGUUUGCUCGCAGCGUACCUUCUCUGGAUUCGCCACCCGCUAGACCAGCUCGCUGCGAAGGGGUCGGUGGCGGUAGGCGACGAACCCAAUACGUCUUGCGAAGGCCUUCUCACAUCUGGGCUCCUGCGCUUGAAUCCAGAGCAGAUUCAUCGCAAGAAGAAGAGCCCAUGCAGUCCUUCACUGCCUGCUUCGCACACGAUCGCAACGAUGUCGGACUGGAUUCUUUCCAGACAACACCCUCGACGGCCACCACUAGGCCUUCCAGUGCGGAUGCUAGACCACUCAACACACAGGCGUUCUGGCAUGCGGGAGAGGUCGAAGAUGACCCACGCACAGCGAGGGUACAACCGAAGUAUUAG